AUGCAACUGACAUUCAUAUCACACUACCUAGAGGCAUACACGAUGAUUCUGUUAUGUACUCACCCAUCUCCAACAACUACACAUUUGAUGGCCUGCAUUGCUGUUUCUUUAUGCGAUUAUAAUAUUUUUGUUAUCCAAAAAGAAGUGGGUUAUCCUUUAGGGAGUUUGAGUAUGAGUAGAGCGAAAAGACAAGCUCAGUUAAAACUCAUCAUCUCCCAGUGA